CUGGGCGUUCAGACCGCUUCCUUGUCUGUCGCUUACUACGAGUUUCCGCAGUGCUAAUGUCAAUUUGCGUAUCUCCUGUUGGAUAGACAACACAAGCAGUUGCAUUUUGGGCAUAAUUUUCAUUUUCUGAAUAAAGAUUAUUUAGUUUACUAUCUCUAGAGAGCUGCCGUGGUUCCUGGAUUGAUAUGGCGGAGGAAAUAACGAAAGGUGUGGAUAAGGUCUCAGUGGGUGAGCUUUAUGUGUCAGACAAACAUGGCAGCGACCAGGAUGGAGACGGCACAGCGCAGAAACCCUUCAAAACUUCUCUCAGGGCUCUUAUGUUUGCUGGGAAGGAGCCAUUCCCGACCAUCUAUGUAGAGUCACAGAAGGAGGGAGAGCGUUGGGCGGUGAUCUCUAAGACUCAGAUGAAGAAUGCAAAGAAGGCAUUUAACCGUGAGCAGAUGAAGAGUGAUUCCAAAGAAAAAAAGGAGGCAGAGGACAAUGAGAGGAGAGAGAAAAACCUGGAAGAUGCCAAGAAGAUCACCAUUGAGAACGACCCCAGCCUGCCUGAACCUGACACGGUUAAAAUCCAACAUCUUGAGCCAAAGAGAGGUGAAAGAGUCAAAGUGUUUGGAUGGGUUCAUCGCCUCAGGAGACAGGGGAAGAACCUGAUGUUCAUUGUGCUGAGAGAUGGAACUGGCUUCCUCCAGUGUGUCCUGGCUGAUAAACUGUGCCAGUGCUACAAUGGCUUGGUGUUGUCCACAGAGAGUACCGUGGCUCUGUACGGGAUUGUUACUCCAGUUCCUGAGGGGAAACAGGCGCCCGGAGGCCAUGAGCUGCACUGUGACUUCUGGGAGUUGAUUGGCUUAGCUCCUGCAGGCGGGGGGGGCCACCCGCGGGACGUCCAGCUGAACAACAGACACAUGCUGAUCAGAGGAGAGAAUGUUUCCAAGAUCCUCCGAGUCCGAUCCACGGUUACACAGUGCUUCAGGGACCACUUCUUCAGCCGUGGAUACUACGAGGUCACUCCUCCAACUCUGGUGCAGACUCAGGUGGAAGGCGGCUCCACACUCUUUAACCUCAACUACUUUGGUGAGCAGGCAUACCUGACGCAGUCCUCCCAGCUCUACCUGGAGACCUGCAUACCUGCUCUGGGCGACACCUUCUGCAUCUCCCAGUCAUAUCGGGCCGAACAGUCUCGCACCCGCAGACACUUGUCCGAAUACACUCACAUUGAGGCAGAGUGUCCCUUCAUUACAUUUGAGGAUCUGCUGAACAGAUUGGAGGACCUGGUGUGUGACGUGGUGGACCGAGUGCUCAAAUCCCCGGCUGCAUCGCUGCUGUACGACGUCAACCCGAAUUUCAAAGCACCCAAGAGGCCAUUCAAGAGGAUGAACUACACCGAAGCCAUUGAGUGGCUCAGAGAGCAUGAUGUCAAGAAGGACGACGGCUCCUACUACAAGUUCGGAGAUGACAUCCCCGAGGCUCCAGAGAGGAUGAUGACAGACUCCAUCAAUGAGACUAUCUUGCUCUGUCGUUUCCCAGUUGAGAUCAAAUCCUUCUACAUGCAGCGCUGCGCUGAGGACAGACGCCUCACUGAGUCGGUCGAUGUGCUAAUGCCAAAUGUUGGUGAGAUCGUUGGAGGUUCGAUGCGUAUCUGGGAUGCCGAGGAGCUGCUGGAGGGAUACAAGAGGGAAGGAAUUGACUCGACCCCGUACUACUGGUACACUGACCAGAGGAAGUAUGGCACGUGUCCUCACGGCGGUUACGGUCUGGGUAUGGAACGUUUCCUCACCUGGCUGCUGAACAGACAUCACAUCAGAGACGUCUGUCUGUACCCUCGAUUCAUCCAGCGCUGCCGACCCUGAACACACACACACACACACACACACACACACACAUUCUAUUAGUGUCUGGACCUGGCAUGUGGCAGUACUCUAUCAACCUUAAAUGUGUUGCUAAAUCAACAAACAGAGAGUUCAAUGGGUGUCCCCUUCAGCUGAGUCAUUUUCUGAAAACAUCCAAUCAUGUGAACUCUGUCUCACCACAGAUAGAAAUCUGUCAUGCUGCACUCAGCCUCAUAUCUCACAGAUUCCUCCUCAUUAUAUAGCUUUUUCACUUUAAAUCCAGUUGUUUUAAUUGACUGUUUUAUUAAAAUUAUCCACAGGAAUUGUAAAAAUCUACUUAAAACUGUAGUUGAACACAUUUUCAUUCGUUCAUGAUUGUAAAUUCCUAUGGAAAUUGGUAAGAAAAUAAACUAAGCUGAACUUUAAAGUCUUCAUCAUUUCAUGGUACCGCAUUCAUCAGCCAUACAAAUGGUUUGCCGACAUGUCAACACUUUAUUUUUUUCAUCGCAUUACCAUUAAAAAGAUCUUGUGAAGUCUUAAUUGUAAAUUAGUUGAGGUUGCAGCCACGCUGUUGAUUUCUAUAGUAAACAAUCCCAUCAACUUUAAAAAUAAAUAUUGUUAGAGUCAGGAACUAUAUACAGUAGUUUGUUCAGUAAAAUCUGUGACUAUAUAAAAAUGCCUGCUUGUAAUUACAAGAUCUACAAAUAGAAGCUACGCUGCUACACACAUGCAGACAGACACAUUGCUCCUCCCAUCAUAUUGGACAACCACCUUCCUGACUGUCUGUGGUGGUUCAGUGAACAUUUGUGCACUUUUCUUGUACUGGGGAACAUUUAGCUUGUCUCCUGAAAGGAACAGUUUUUUAUUUCAGCAUCCUGUUCUGUCAUGGUUUAGAAAUAUGACAUAGGCACCAGCCUCAGGGGAACUCGUUGUCUGUUGUCUGUAUCUGAAAAUACUCCUUAACUCAAUAAACUGUACUUAAAAUUGAAUUCCAACAGAUGGUUGUA